UCACGCCGAUCACGCUACCCGCUCGUUCACCGGUAUCACCAUCUUGUUUGUUUCGUCAGCGGCAGGACGCGCAAAAUAUCCGACUUCACCGUGAAAGUUACGUUCCGCUGCGAAAAUUUUACGAGGGAUCACAUUUUCCACACGAUAUUUCUACUCUCGCGCAGCCAUCGGUACGUGAUAACAUACAGGCGAUAAACUGGACAUGUCUCACGGCGGUAGAAACGAAUGUAGGAUUUACGUGGGUAAUUUGCCACCGGAUAUUCGGACGAAAGACAUUCAGGAUCUCUUCUACAAAUUUGGUAAAGUGACAUUCGUUGACUUGAAAAAUCGUCGGGGUCCGCCGUUCGCAUUCGUCGAGUUCGACGAUCCGAGAGAUGCGGAGGAUGCGGUGCACGCGAGAGAUGGCUAUGAUUACGACGGUUACAGAUUAAGGGUCGAAUUUCCGAGAGGUGGCGGUCCUAGCAACAAUUUUCGUGGCGGACGCGGAGCUGGCGACAGCGGCAGAGGCGGCCGCGGUGAGAUGAGCAAUUCUCGUGGCCGCGGUCCCCCUGCACGACGUUCGCAAUACAGAGUAUUGGUAACCGGCUUACCGCCAUCCGGCAGCUGGCAAGAUCUCAAGGAUCACAUGCGCGAGGCUGGCGAUGUGUGCUUCGCCGAUGUUUACAAAGAUGGUACCGGUGUCGUUGAAUUUCUGAGACACGAUGACAUGAAGUAUGCCGUGAAGAAGUUAGACGAUUCGCGAUUUAGAUCGCACGAGGGUGAAGUAGCCUACAUUCGUGUGAAAGAAGACCACAACAGUGGCGAUAGAGGACGCAGCGAAGACAGAGAGAGGGGCCGUUCCCGUUCGCGAAGCUACAGCCCACGGCGCCGUGGCUCUCCCACUUACUCGCCAUUGCGGCGUAAUUACUCGCGAUCAAGAUCUCGCUCCAGAUCUCGUUCGUACGACUAGUAUGUGUACGUAUGUGUUUCACAUGGUAAUAUAAGUGAAGGUUUACAUUGAUAUUUGCUUUUACCAUGUUCCAUUAUUAUUGCUGAUUUGAAUUUUACUCGAGGACAUCCUCCAAUCCAAAGCAGGUCCCGCAUAAAAGAGAAUUCAAAUUGAUCCAAUAACUGUACCGUACUGUAUAUUUGAUGUAUAAAGUUAGAGCACGGUUCAUUUCUUAAUACAUGUAUUACGAUUAAGUUUCUCGCUUUCCAAAGGUGUACACCUAUUAUUAUUCGGUCGUAGUAGAAAGCCGGUAGUAAUUGACUCAAUGACUUUCAGUUCUUAGCCGUCAUCUUAAUAAAAAAAAAAAAACAAGUCUCAUCACGUUGGUCUCCGUUUAAAGUUGAAUUACCUGGUACGGUAAACUGGUUGAGCCUUAUCCUCACGAGAAAGAAAAGGAAAGGAGCAAAAGAGAGGGGAAAAAAUGAAAUCGUGCUCGCGACCAUAUUUAUCAUGUUUAUUAUCCAAAAGACCUCCGUUAGAAUUACUUUCAUAUUUAAAGAUACAUUCCUCCACACGAAUUUUUGGCAACACGUUUUGUCAUCACUACAACCUGUGAAAUGUGUAACAAUUUUGAAGUAUUGCCGACGAGACUUGUCACUGACACGGCUGUAUCGUGACUAUUUUUAAUUGACAAUAACUCAUCUCCGACUCUAACAACGGCGGCUACUUUGUCACAUUGAAGACAGUAUAUAUAUAUAUAUAUUUCAUCGCGCACGUUGACACUCGAAUAUUAAUGUUUGCGUUUGGAUGUACUUUGCAUAGUGAAUUAUUAAGUUUUCAAGAACUCGCCUAAUGAACGUUCCCUUUACACAGUCUUUCAUGAUGCACUGCUCGAUUGUGCGCGUUUGCAUUGCUACGGUGCUCUUUUACGAUACGAGAAAGUUAUCUUCGCGAACGAACUUGCCGGGAAAGCUUUAUCUUACGAUUUAGUACUAACACGUGCACUCACACGGGCUUAAAUUCAUAUCUUUCUUAACUAAGGAAACGCCUUCCUCUCAUGUGUUACCGCGUCAUCGAUACCAUCCUGCAAACAAUCUCUACACUAAAGGAUAAUGUCUGUGUUUUUAUAUACUACUAAACUGAAAGAUAUACAUAUGUAUGUACAUAUAUACAUAUAUGUAUAUUGCAGAUAUAUAUAUAUAUAUUACGUAAUCGUCUCAAUAUCAUGUAGUGCUAAAAACAAGUAACGUGAAAUCGUGUUUGCUAACAAUGUACGGUGUAUCAAAGGUCGCGCACUUGGCAUACUUUCACACUUUGAUCACCGUUUCACAUCACUUUUUUCUUCGUUGACGCUUGUGUUUCCGCAAGGGUCCCAUCAUUCUACGGGGGAGGUUUUACUCUUCUUCAAGUGGGAAUAAUUUUAUUAGAUAUUCAUAAGAAUAUUAAAUGGGAGAGAACAGAAUGUCCUUAAUGUAAUAUAUUAAAUCUGUUAAAGUUACAUUCAAAAGUAUAUUGAUUUUGCGUUAAAUUCUUGAAUGAAGUUAAUUUUUGUGGCAUGAAAAAUACCGAGGUUCGUAAUUGGUAUGAGAGAAUAAAUAUUGAAAGCACUGUAUUUUAUGUACAGUCGCACGCACACACGAUAGCUAGAGAACUGAUAGGGGAAUCACGUUCGCGGCGGUUCAAAGUGACAAAGGAUCGAUGAUAUUCGACGAUCGAGAGAAUUUGAACUUGAAUCAAUACAUUGUUGAAUAAAAUUGUGCCCGGUAAUAUCGCUCGGCUCUACUUGACCCUCCUCAAAAAUUCCUACGAAUCGCUUAUCGGGCGACAGAUAUAUUUCCGUAUCUACUUCAACUUUAAAUUCAACGACGAAUCUAUAUAAUCGAAGGGAAAGUACGCGACCUACGAUACAUCUCGUACAACGCAGAUAUCUUCGGCAAUAACAAGCACACAUAAAUUAAAGGUAAACUUAGCAUGCUGUGUAUGUAUAUUCGCGGAGACACGCGUAGACAGGGAAAAAAAAAGAAAUCGCCCGCAGAAUAUUUUUCUCUUAUACAUAGAAAUGUGAUCGUUAACUCUAGCGGAUAACUUGUGUGUAUGUGUGUGUGUACAAAUGAAUACCUCAAGAUUGUUUACACGGCUCAUUGCGUGGUUGACGAAUUCAAUGCAAAAGUUCUGCCCGGAAACGCGUAGUGAUGACAAUGUAUGUGCAUAUAUAUUGCGCGCAUAUAUACGCUGUGCGAGUGCACGAGCAUGAUGAUUACGAAUCGUUACACAUUCGCAUAAAUAAGCGUGUAUAAUUGUUGGCGCAGAGAUGCAAAGAAAAAUGAAAAAAGAAAGUCUUUCUAUACGAUCACUCUCACGCAACCUAAUUCGCUUGACAAUGGUAUAACACUCUCAACUGUAUAUGACAAUAUAGACUGGAGUGAUCCUCAGUGACCCGAUGGUGACCUUUUACGCGCCAUCUUUUGAUAUUACCAAAUUGCGUUUUUGGUGUACUAUAUUAUACUUCAGGCAAAUAUCUCGAACUUCAUUCGAACCUUGAACACUUUUCCCGAGUGUGAAAACAUACAACAUAAAGUAUACAUCCAUUUACCAUAAUCUGGACAUUUGCAAGAGAACACGCGGGUGUAUGAAAAUAUGUCUAUGAAUGAUACACGACGAAUCCGGUGAAAUGCGCUCAACUGUUACUUCACAUGUGACUAUCAGUGUCGCUCGCAUUUCCCGCUGUUUUCCUUUCUCACACAUUUGCGGCGUGCACACGUAACGGCGAAAAUGUUGAAAUGCUCUUUCCAAAGUAGAGAUCAUUUUUGAAAGGGAAACACUCGAUAUAUCGUGUAUUUUGAACGGAUAUUAUUACUGCAAAUUGAUCCCAUGAUCUUGUUAUCGGUCUGCGCGAUUGAUGUUAUCUUUUUUUUUUUUUUUUAAUCUUCUCGGUACGUGAAUAUUCAUUUUUUUGGAAUGAAAACGGAAAAAAAGAAUUACGCUAUUCACACAUUCCUUCUGCCGUAAAUUUGUCACGCCACACGUACGAAUUACAUACUUCCUACAUCACAGGGAUCACAUUUGCAUUGAUAUAUUCUAUAUAUCUAACAUUAAUCUAACAUCGCAUAAGGAACUAAUGUAUUUUUUCUUCUUUUGUAUAUUGGAUUGGAUUGUAACACAAUGAAUGAAAAACUGAAAUCAA